CAAUACGGAUUCCUUCUAGAGCUAAUUCCUAACUGCCAUUUAAACUCACAAAUUAUUAUCUGCAUGACUGAAACAAGAAGCAGAUUAUUUAUGUAAGACAUCAGCAAAGCUAGAUAUAGCUGAAAGGAUGCAGUGGCUCAAUGUGUGUGGCAAAACAGCCCAUGCCAAGUUUCACUUAACUCGAGAGGCAAAAUAAGACAAUCAGGCUUGGAAACAGUUUUCUCAAGUGGUACAGAAACACAGGGUAUUAUUUUAACAUUAACAUUACAACACUAAUAUUUGGACCCCCCAAAUCUGCCUCAGUUCUUUGGCCACACUUGCAUUUUGCCUCUUUGCUCACACAGGGCUUUCUUGUGUACUGCUGUUCCUCCACAAUCCCCAGAACAGUCCUGUGCUGGAACACAGCUGGUCCAUCUUCUCAAAAGAGAGGGCUACAGAGUGAGUUUCAAGAAGUGAGUGGCUCCCUUCUGGUCAAGGAAAGAAGGCUCACCAGGGAGAUACGGCUAUCUACAGGGGUCACUGCAGGUUCAAUUCUGACAUGUCCAAACCACUUUUGAUUUCCUGUCUCCUGCUAAAGCAGGGAGGGAUCUGUUUGGGCAAGGCAUGGCUUCAGGGCAAUUCCCACAACCUGGCUGGGCAAGAAAGUGCCAGUCUGAUUAGAAAGGGGACACAAACAACCCUGGGGAUUUCCAAUCCCUCAGGACCAGACAGGGAGCCUCAGAACUAUCAUAAGUAUUUCCAGUCACUGAUGGUUACAAAAGAGUGGAAACAUCUUUAAUUUUUUUUUGUUUUUUUAGAAGAAAAAAGCAGAGCAAAUGACAGCAUUCAGUGCCUUGUGCAAUCUGUUGACUCCACCAACAUCCUGACCUGAGCGAGCUGUAAGCAAAGAGCACGUCUUUAAAGGCAGCAUUACAGACAAGAAGAAAAUCUCCUGUUCUUUUCCCUGCUCAGACAGAAGCGAGGCUUCCAGCAGCAGCGUGAACAGCUCUCCCAUUUCAAAUAAGACACGGAAGCGCAUGAUCCAGUGCGAGCAAACUCCAAGAAAGACGUGGGGCAGGAGAGGAGCCGAGCGGCGACCUUACCAGGCUCAGGGAAGUCUUCAGAGAUGAGUGGGUCGGCAGGCAGUGAUCUCUCCUGGUGCAGGGUGCCAUAUCCAAAUCCACCACUUUCAAUUUCGGAGCCAGUUUUCUCUUUUUCUUCUUCCUACAGGAUGAGGGUCCUUACCGGAAGUCUUUAUUUCUGCUUCAUUUCUUUCUUAUUCAGUAGAGCCAAUGGAUUCCUAGUUCAGACAACAUCUCCAAUGUCUUCCUUCCCAUUUUAUAACUACUCUUACUUAAACCUCACUUCUGUAUCAGAAGCACAAGCUCCCAAAACAGCAAGAGCUCUGAACUUCUCACAUAAUGCAAUUGAAAAAAUAACCAAAAGAGACUUUGAAGGUUUUGAUGUACUGGAAGUUUUGGACCUUUCCUACAACCACAUUAAGGACAUUGAACCUGGUGCAUUUGAGAACCUGCUCAGCCUUGUUUCUGUGGAUUUAUCAUUUAAUGAUGAGAAUCUUCUGGUAUCUGGUCGUGCAUCUCACCUGAAACUCAUACCAACCAGUGGGGCUUUAGGACCUUCACAGACUUACAUGUAUUUUCAAAAAUCAGCAGAGGCUACUCUGGUGCCUUCUACACCAGCUGAACUGCUGCCACAUUUGGAAGAUCCAUCCAAUCCGGGAAAUGUUAGCCCAAGGUUCAGACAAAGAAGAGCAGAGGAAAAUACAACUUCCCCUCCAGCAGCCACGCUGAGGCCUGAUGUGUGUGGAGCACCAAUCAAUGGGUUGCUUGACCUAUCAAGGACCAAACUAUCUGAUGAAGAGCUGGCAGCAAAACUGGAUGCAGACCUCUGCCAAGCUAAGCUGGGUGCUGUUUUGGAGUUUAACAUUAGUCACAGUGACCUAGAAAUGGAUCUUCUAUCUCUGUUCAUCUUGUUUUUGCCAAUGAAAGACAUACGGUCUGUUGAUGCAAGCUACAACAGAAUAACAAUUAACAACAUAGACGUUGAAGCAAUCUGUCACUUCCCAUUCAGCAACUUUUCAUUUUUAAAUAUCAGCAACAAUCCCAUAAAUAGGUUGGAAACGGUGUGUCUCCCGCCAACCAUCAGGGUCAUUGAUUUGUCCUUCACAAACAUUAGUACAAUACCUGCAAAUUUUGCUAAAAAGUUAUCUAAAUUAGAAUGUAUGUACGUUCAAGGAAAUCAGCUCAUAUACACUGUACGUCCAGAAAGCUCCAGUGCAGCCACAAGGCCUCCGCCUGGAACUGUACAUAUCAGUGCCAUUUCCUUUGUCAGAAACCAGGCUGGUACACCCAUCGAAAGCCUUCCAGAGAGAGUGAAACACCUGAAAGCGUCCAACUGCUCCAUUGUAGAACUUCCAGAAUGGUUUGCCAACAGAAUGCAAGAACUGCUAUUUCUGGAUCUCAGCAGCAAUCGGAUUUCCAUGCUUCCUGACUUACCUAUCUCUCUGCAGCACCUCGACAUAAGUAACAGCGAUAUUAAAAUGAUACCCCCUAGCUUUAAAUCUCUCUCCAACUUAACCGUAUUUAAUAUUCAAAAUAACAAAAUUACAGAUAUGCAUCCUGAAUACUUCCCGUCGACUUUAACAACAUGCGAUAUUAGUAAAAAUAAGUUGAAGGUGCUGACAUUAACCAGAGCCCUGGUGAACCUCGAAUCGCUUAACGUCUCUGGAAACCUAAUCACCAGACUGGAACCCACCAGCCAACUUUCUGCACUCACUAACCUGGACAGUAGUCACAACCUAAUUUCAGAACUCCCUGACAACUUCGGGCAAUCUCUCCUGAUGCUGAAGCAUUUUAAUUUAUCAGGGAAUAAGAUCUCCUUCCUGCAGCGCGGCUCCCUCCCAGCUUCUCUGGAGGAGCUGGACAUUAGCGACAACGCCAUCACUACCAUAGUGCAGGAUACUUUUGGACAGUUAACAAGCUUGAGUGUUCUGACUGUUCAAGGGAAACAUUUCUUUUGUAACUGCGACUUGUACUGGUUUGUAAACGUCUACAUCCAUAACCCACAUUUGCAGAUAAAUGGCAAAGACGAUCUCAGGUGCAGCUUUCCACCAGACAGACGGGGCUCGCUGGUGAAGAGCAGUAAUCUCACACUUCUGCACUGCUCCCUGGGCAUUCAGAUGGCCAUUACAGCUUGUAUGGCCAUCCUGGUUGUUCUGGUGCUAACUGGCUUAUGUUGGCGCUUUGACGGGCUGUGGUAUGUGAGAAUGGGCUGGUACUGGUGUAUGGCAAAGAGGAAGCAGUACAAGAAGAGGCCAGAAAACAAGCCCUUCGAUGCCUUCAUUUCAUACAGCGAGCACGAUGCAGACUGGACAAAAGAGAACCUACUGAAAAAACUGGAAACUGACGGAUUCAAGAUAUGUUAUCACGAAAGAGACUUCAAACCAGGGCAUCCUGUACUUGGCAACAUUUUUUACUGCAUAGAGAACAGCCAUAAAGUCCUUUUUGUUCUCUCUCCGAGUUUUGUAAAUAGCUGCUGGUGUCAGUAUGAACUGUAUUUUGCUGAACAUCGGGUCCUGGAUGAAAAUCAGGACUCCCUCAUUAUGAUAGUGCUGGAAGACCUCCCGCCCAACAGCGUGCCUCAGAAGUUCAGCAAACUCAGAAAGCUGCUGAAAAGAAAAACCUACUUAAAGUGGAGCCCUGAAGAACACAAACAGAAGAUUUUCUGGCAUCAGCUGGCAGCUGUCCUAAAAACAACCAACGAACCGCUGGUGAGAGCAGAAAAUGGACCCAAUGAGGAUAUAAUUGAGAUGGAAUGAGAGAUAAGGACUUAUACAGACUGUGCCUGGAAAGUCAGCAGUCAAAUAAAAGUGUUUCCACAAUUACCUUCUGCAAAGCCUGCUGUGUUGUUAUCCAGAGGGAUGAGACCCGAGCACUGGUAAACAGCCUUUCAUUUCUGGGUGCUUGAUUUUCUUCAGCUAUUACUAGCAUUUCUUAAAAUGUUGUGGUUGGCACCUGAAAGGAAGAACAGCUUGAGUCACACUGCAGAUCCUAACUAUCUUUUGGAGAUUACUGCAGUAAUAAUGAAAAGUAGCGUCAUUCAAAUACAAAGUGCUUCGGAUUCUGAAAUCUAGUACAGUUUCAAAUAGAACGCACCAGGAUUACAGUCAAGAAAAACACAAACUGUAAUAGUAUAUGGGUAAAAAUUUCCUUCUGUGGUUUGGCACAAGAAGAUUAAAGUCAGUGUAGCCACCUGAGAGAUGCAAAUGCAAAUCCAUGGUGCUGCCUCACUUGGGUACGUAGUGGAAGAGAAUAGACUUACAGAUUUUUCAAAACUGCAGACUAACAUUAGAACCAGACAACCAAGA